GAUGACAGAGGCCCACGGCUCCUCGCCUCGUGUUGGACACUGGUUGCCCUGAGUGCCAUAUUUCUAAUCUUGAGAGUAUACUGCAAGCUAUGGCGUGCCCGUGGAUUAUGGUGGGACGACCACUUGAUGAUUGUUUCUUGGGUAUCCUUAUUGAUUGCAGUAUCAAUCAAUACAUACAUCACUUCUCUGGGUUUCGGCCGCCACCUCUGGACAAUCAGCGCUGAGAACAAGAAAACCAUCAAUCUAUGCACCAUUCUCGUUGCAGCCUUUGGAAUUAUGGCAACGACAAUCAGCAAAACAUCGUUUGCGCUCACACUAUACCGAAUCAUGUUGAACACUUGGUUAAAACGUUUCCUCAUCUUCGUUAUUGUUACCAUCAACAUAUCGAUGAACCUUGUUUGGAUCUUUGGAUUCGCCAAAUGCACGCCUACCGAGAGAGUCUUUGAUAGCAGCGUUCCUGGGACCUGUUGGGACAGGACGAGCUUGCUUAAAUAUCAGUUGUUUUCUGCUUAUUACUCCUCACUUCUGGAUUUUGUGCUUGCGUUUCUUCCAUGGAAGAUCUUGAUGGGUAUGGUUAUGCUCCGACGGGAGAAGAUCGGUGUUGCCAUUGCAAUGAGCUUGGGAGCGAUUGCCGGCGCUACUGGCAUUGUCAAAGCUGUAUUAGUAGUCAACAUGACAAGCACAGAUAUCACAUAUGAUCGCGUUGAUCUGACAAUAUGGACUCUUACGGAACCUGCAGCCACCAUUAUGGCAGCGUGCAUACCUGUUUUGAGGAUGCUAUACAAGGAAUUAAAGUCAAGUCAUGGAAGUUACUUUCGAAGCAGAUCCAACACCGCUCCGUACAGCGUCAAUCGGGGAACCACUCAACCAGAUACAAAGUCGAGAAGGACGACGCGAUAUGGGGCCCACCCAUCGCAUUAUGGGCGAAACUCGGUUGUGAUCAUGUCAACAUCAGGCUGGCAAGAAUCGCAAGAAGCCUUGCAGGACGCAGGAAUGGUUCGAGCCGAAGCAUCUUCAGACAUAAGCGGCAUCGUCAAGACGGAAGAAGUAAGCGUGGAACACCAGCGACUUAGUAAAGUAAGCGGCGAUGGUUCGUUUGAGUUAAAG